AUGGCUGCCUCGCGCAAUAAGGCCCCCGUCGGCUCUGCGCCAUGGAUCCUCGCCGAGCGCCACCAAGCUGCUCAAUUCGCCGAGCAGGAGGUCGAAGAGUUCUCGUUUUCCGUGCGCAACGAGAUGGAAUGGCUGAACGAGCACAUGGCCGAAAUCUUUGGCCGUCCCGAGCUCAACAUUACCGAUACGUUCAAGACGCCGGGUAAGCUGCGCGGGAAGACGCCGCGCACAGCUCGCAAGCGCAAUCCCUUGGAAACACGCGCCCCGCUUACGGAUAUUUUCGCCCCCAAUCCUGCAAAUGCCCCCAGUCCGACGCGCGAAACCAGCUUCUACAAGCAGAUCGAACAGAUCCAGAUUGCCGAGGACCCCGAAGACGCUGACAUGGCCGCCCCGAUACAAUCCAUCGAAGACGCUGAUCAAACGUCCAACGCCAUCCCCCAGGGAGAUUCAGGUUAUCAUGGAAUGACUGAAGAUGAGAUGGAGGUCGAUGAGGACGAGUCGGUCGCCAGGUUGUCGCCUCGGAAAGAGAGUUCGGUGAAGCCGAUACAAUCCCCGUCUCCUAGGCCACAGGAGCCCCUCAGGAAGUCUGCAUCCUUCCUUUCGGCAAAGGAGGACUUUGAGCACCAAACCUCAUCACACAUCGAAAUCCAUGAAGAUGAAGGUGGCAGUGCUGCGGACAACCAGAUUACCAUCCACGAAGACGAAAUGGAUCUGGUCCCCACCCAGCCCGAUGGGUCGCAAAUUACCCGGGAAAACGCUCCCUCCAGGCCCUCGCAAUUCAGUGUCGGUAAUCAGACUGCAUCCGCUCUCAACUCCCUUCUCGACGGCGCCGAUAAUACACAGGACCAGCAAGACGAGAAGGAGCAGGAGCAGGAGCAGGAGGACGAUGAUGGCGCUAGAACUCCCUCCGACGGCUCCAGUCCAGCAAAGCCGCCUUUGCGCAAGAUUAGCCUUACUUUCUCUUCUCUUCCCGCACGCGAGCCUCUUGCUGGCAAGAAGAGUAUGGGCAGCAGAGUCUCGCGAACCAGCCAUCUCGAUCAGUACAAGGCUCGUAGCAGCCACUUUGGCAGGUUCACCGGCGGUAAAAGUCUUGGUGGAGGCCAGGCCAUUCCCAGGGCCGAUGAUGAUGACCAAGAGGUAGGCAGCUCUGAUGGUGAAGAUGAAAAUGCGGGAACCCACGGAAAGACGUCUACACAGCGCCUCCAUGAACGCAUCAAUAUGCUAGCCAAGUCUCAAGAACCGAGGACGUCAAAAUCAAUCCCUGGAUCUGUAUCUCAGGAGCCGAACUAUCCACUACUCCCCACAGAGAGCGACGAACCGACUGCAGCACACGAAGGGCUUUCGGAGCCUGAAGAACCUGCAGAAGCACCAAAAGCACCCAGCCCAGUGCCUAAUAUUCAGGAUGCGGAGGACGACGACGAUGAUUGGAUUGCCCCGGUCACUACUAAGCCGCUUCCUUCAGCUCCAGCUCUGCCGGCUCACAUGAAGAGUGGCUCUGUUGACAUCAUGGAAAAUGUCAGCGGAAAAUCUUCGAUCGGAGGCCUUGAUGUGGAGAUGGAAGAGCAUCGUCCGGAAAUGCAAUCCCCGGCUAGACGUGGCCUCGGCCACCUAAAGUCUGCCUCUGUUCCAAAUUUUGAAUCGCCUGCGAAGAGUGCAGCAAAGACACCCGAAUCUUCACUCAAGAAGACAAUCUCUAUCGGUGAUCUUGAGCAAUUACAGGAUGUGGAGUCCAGUACUCCAGCAGGGUCGCCAUCUAAGAUGGACGAUGAACCGCUGAGUGCCUCGAAAACCAAGUUCUUCUCCGUUCUGAAGUCCGCGAAGAGUAUCUUCGCUAGCAGUGCUGGUGUAAGUGCUCAGGCUAAGCUGGAAGCUCUAUCCCCCUCUUCAGCGGGGCUACGAGAGAGACAUGGCAGGGAGCAGGUCUCGACCUCUCCAAGACCGGAUCUCUCAUCCAUUUUCGAUAAGCCUAUCAACCCGGCAAGCCCCGCAAGACGUCCCGCAACUGCCACCGGCACUCCCGUCCGGACAACGCGUGCCUCUCUCGAGCGGAGUCGUAGAGAGAGGGAAAUGGAGGCAGAAAUGGAACGGGAAGAAGCCUUGCAGAACGCCAGAGAGGAAGACGAGGAAGACGAGGAGGAUGAGGAGGAGGAGGAAGAGCCUAUGGCUGUGAGGCAGGAGAAAUCGGCCAAAGGUGUCCCGACUACGCGCGUCGGUGCUGCCUCUCGUGCUGAGACUGUGUCGUCAAGAGAUGACGACUACACUUCUGCUGACGAUGCGCCCAAACCUGGCCCUUCUAGGCCACAGCGCGGCCCCCCCAAGAUGAGGGAGCCAAAGAGCCGAUUACUCAAGCCCACUGCAAGCAAAGAGAGUCUUUCCAAGCCGAGGCACAUCAAGGUCGGCCUUGGGUCCCAGAGGUCGCAUCCGACGAAUGCGGACUUGUCGAAAUCUCUUCGCGGCACUCUUCCUGGUGUCGCGAAAACGCCCGCUGCGAGGAACCCCGUCGAUUCUGCCAACAGCUCUUUCGCUAAGACCACCGGUCCAUCUGGUGCGCCAGUUACCAAGCCAACGUCUCUUGCUUUGGCAGCGAAGAACAGAGAAAGAGAGGAACGAGACGCUCAGCGUAAGGCUGAGAAGAAACGAGCAAUUGAGCAGCAGCGAGCGGAGAAAGCCGCCAAGGCCGAAGAAGAACGCCGAAAGGCCGACGAGGAUCGUAGAGCCGAGGCGCAAAAGAAAGCCGCGGAGCAACAGCGAGCGCAAGAAGCCAAGAGAGCAGCCAGCAGGCAGGCGUUGGCUGCUGAGGCCAAGAAGCAGGAACAGCUACGGGCCCAGGCGACUAGCAAGCAGACGAAGGAUUUGGCACAAGCUCUUUCAAAGGAAAAGGCAGCAACUAUCCAUGGCCACCCUCGUGGCGACCUGGGUGGCGCGCGACCAAUCUCUCGAGUUAACACUGUCCUGAACAUUCCUCCUGCCAACCCGGCCAAACCACCGAAGCGUUUCCACACCGAUGAGGAGCCUGCGUCACGCCCACAGGGGCAGCGGAAUGCCCCCACUUUCCAGCAAUUGAACGCCAAGCGUCGGAAGACUCUCUCAGAUGACGAAGAGGAGGAGCCUACUGAUGCCCGACGGUCCAUGAUGGCACCGCCGAUCCGGCAGUCCAAUGUGCGCAAGUUUUACCCGGAGCGCGAACGUCUCAUGUCGGUCAUCGACAAGGCCAAGGAGCCGAACAAAUUUGCCCAUGGUUACAAGCCGGCAGCUACUGCUGGUCCUUCGUCCCACGCGCAAUCCAUGUUCAAGCAAACCGUCAAGACGCAGCACCAACUGCAACACAACAAACAUGGUGGCCAUCCCAACGACAUGGCCACCAUCUCAAAAGCGAAGAUUCCAUUCGCUGACGCAUCGGGUCCGUCAGCCGCUGCCGGCCCCUCCUCAGGCGUGUUCAAGACACCUGCGCGUACCACAACCGUUCGUCUUGCUUCACCGCACUUCCCUACACCCGAACUACCGGAAAUCGCCACCGAUUCGGAAGAUGAUGAUUCGGACUCGGAGGCGGCGAACUUCCAGGCUCCAUCGUGGGUCAACUCCCCUGCCCUGCGCGAGCUACUCACCCAGCAACAGCUGGUCGACCCAAUGGAGGUUUUUGGACCCAUUGCGCCUCUGCAGAUGGAAGAGAUUUUCAAGAACAAGGACAGGCACAAGAGGUUCAGGGAGAGAACGAGUAGUGCUUACUGGGCUAAAGACAAGCUGACCGAGGAAGAGAGAAAGAAGGACAUGGAGGGUCGCGAAAAGUUGAUGAGAGACGGCGGGUGGACAUACGAGAACACCGGUUCCUAG